AUGGCGACGCACGACUCAACCGAUCCGCAUACCCUCUCGUACCUCUCUCUGCUCCCCCUCGCCCUUACAACCCUCCCUCCCUUUUCGUCCGCCGCUAGCCACACUUUGCGGCCCCUUCAGCAGCCACCACAACCUUCCACACACCAGCUGAAGUGCGGAGCAUGUCAGGCGGAGAUCGUUGCGGGACUGAGCGGGAUCUACUGGGUUGACAAGGGCAAUCUGUGGGCAAGUUGCGACGGAUGCGGGUGGACCAGUCGCAGACCAGCUGAAGCAAGGUCAGAUGAGGAAUCCAAGGCGUCGACGAGACGGUCGCAGUUCGAGCGCGUCAAGAAGAGACGGCGAGUCGAGGCAAAGCGGGCGACUGAGGUUGCGCAUCCGAUGCUGCUAGCUGCCAAGCAAGGGAUGGCGGCGGCCACAGGAGCGAGCUCCAUGUCGAAGACGGCCGUGGAGUUCAGGCAGGCGUCGGUAGACAAGACGGAAACGCCCAGCAAGGCCUCAACACCGUCCGCUCGAAUGCUUGCCGUACCCAGCCGCCCACCUAUCUCCUCGCGCGAUGCAUCGCAGCAGCCCUCAGAACAGCCAGCGUCAACCAAGGCGUCGGUUAAUUCGUCCCGCGCCCCAUCCGUCCGCCCCUCUCCCCUAGCCACAUCUGCUCGUCCGUCUCCCGCACCUUCGUCGAAACUCUCGACGCCUUCCGCCGGUUCGCCCGUCCCGUCCGAUUCGUCAGCAACGACAGCAACAUCUAAGAAGCGGAAACGACCGAAGCAGCCGAGCGGGUUGGCCGAACUGCUCGAGGCGAAGAAGCGGAAGGAGAAGGAGGCGACGGGCGGAGCUGGGCUGGCGGACUUUCUGCAGGGCUUGUAG